CUGACCGCGGUCCAGAGAUGGGGUGGGCACUAAGGCAGCAGCAAACCUGGUCUUCGGCCUAAGGCCUCUGCUCGCCCCAGGUGAAGGGCCAUGGCGGGCUGGAUUCAGGCCCAGCAGCUGCAAGGAGAUGCACUGCGCCAGAUGCAGGUGCUGUACGGGCAGCACUUCCCCAUCGAGGUCCGACACUACCUGGCACAGUGGAUCGAGAGUCAGCCCUGGGAUGCCAUUGACCUGGACAACCCCCAGGACCGUGCCCAGGCCACCCAGCUCCUGGAGGGCCUGGUGCAAGAGCUGCAGAAGAAGGCGGAGCACCAGGUGGGGGAAGAUGGGUUUUUACUGAAGAUCAAGCUGGGCCACUACGCCAAGCAGCUCCAGAACACAUAUGACCGCUGCCCCAUGGAACUGGUCCGCUGUAUCCGGCACAUUCUGUACAACGAACAGAGGCUGGUACGAGAAGCCAACAACUGCAGCUCCCCUGCCGGGAUCCUGGUCGAUGCCAUGUCCCAGAAACACCUGCAGAUCAACCAGACGUUUGAGGAGCUGCGGCUGGUCACGCAGGACACAGAGAAUGAGCUGAAGAAGCUGCAGCAGACGCAGGAGUACUUCAUCAUCCAGUACCAAGAGAGCCUGAGGAUCCAAGCCCAGUUUGCUCAGCUGGCCCAGCUGAACCCCCAGGAGCGGCUGAGCCGGGAGACGGCCCUGCAGCAGAAGCAGGUGGCCCUGGAGGCCUGGCUGCAGCGCGAGGCACAGACGCUGCAGCAGUACCGCGUGCCCGAGUGCCCUCCCCUGGCCCCGUCUCAGUGUCCGCCUGGUCCUUGCGUCCCCUGCAGCACAUUCAUCAUCGAGAAGCAGCCCCCUCAGGUCCUGAAGACCCAGACCAAGUUCGCAGCCACCGUGCGCCUGCUGGUGGGCGGGAAGCUGAACGUGCACAUGAACCCCCCGCAGGUGAAGGCGACCAUCAUCAGCGAGCAGCAGGCCAAGGCUCUGCUCAAGAACGAGAACACACGCAAUGAGUGCAGUGGCGAGAUCCUGAACAACUGCUGCGUCAUGGAGUAUCACCAGGCCACGGGCACCCUCAGCGCCCACUUCAGGAACAUGUCACUGAAGAGGAUCAAGCGUGCUGACCGGCGGGGCGCGGAGUCUGUGACGGAGGAGAAGUUCACGGUCCUGUUUGAGUCUCAGUUCAGUGUUGGCAGCAAUGAGCUUGUAUUCCAGGUGAAGACCCUGUCCCUACCCGUGGUUGUCAUCGUUCACGGCAGCCAGGACCACAAUGCUACUGCCACUGUGCUGUGGGACAACGCCUUUGCUGAGCCAGGCAGGGUGCCAUUUGCCGUGCCUGACAAAGUGCUGUGGCCGCAGCUGUGUGAGGCGCUCAACAUGAAAUUCAAGGCCGAAGUGCAGAGCAACCGGGGCCUGACCAAGGAGAACCUCGUGUUCCUGGCGCAGAAACUGUUCCAUAACAGCAGCAGCCACCUCGAGGACUAUAACAACAUGUCCGUGUCCUGGUCCCAGUUCAACAGGGAGAACUUGCCUGGCUGGAAUUACACCUUCUGGCAAUGGUUCGAUGGGGUGAUGGAGGUGCUGAAGAAGCAUCACAAGCCCCAUUGGAAUGACGGGGCCAUCCUAGGUUUUGUGAACAAGCAACAAGCCCACGACCUGCUCAUCAACAAGCCUGAUGGGACCUUCCUGCUGCGCUUCAGUGACUCCGAGAUUGGGGGCAUCACCAUUGCCUGGAAGUUCGAUUCUCCGGACCGCAACCUCUGGAACCUGAAGCCCUUCACCACGCGGGAUUUCUCCAUCCGGUCCCUGGCCGACCGGCUAGGAGACCUGAACUAUCUCAUCUACGUGUUUCCUGACCGUCCCAAGGACGAGGUCUUCUCCAAAUACUACACUCCAGUGCUCGCUAAAGCCAUUGACGGGUACGUGAAGCCACAGAUCAAGCAGGUGGUCCCCGAGUUUGUGAAUGCAUCCGCGGACGCCGGAGCCAGCGCCACCUACAUGGACCAGGCCCCCUCCCCAGCCGUGUGCGCCCCGACUCACUAUAACAUGUACCCACAGAACCCUGACCCUGUGCUUGACCAGGAUGGAGAAUUUGACCUGGAUGAGACCAUGGAUGUCGCCCGGCAUGUGGAAGAACUCUUGCGCCGACCGAUCGAUGGUCUCGACCCCCGCCUGUCCCCGCCUGCCACUCUUUUCUCUGCCAGAGGCUCCCUCUCAUGAAUACUGGACUCCUACGCUUCUCUUCGGAAACCAUGUUCAAUGUGGCUUUGAUACGAAUAGUGAUUUUAGCAUCGCUGUGCAUACUGAUGCCUUUGUGAGCAGCACAUGUACCUGCGUGCGUAUGCGUGUGUGCGUGUGUGUGUGUGUGUGUGCAGGUGGUGUGCCUGCUCGCCUGCAGUCCUGGGUGUCUCUACAGAUCUGCUGUGGAGGAGACCAAGCUGUGUCAUUGCAGGUACUCAAGUGCAGGCAGCUUCCUCUGUGUCCUGUAUCUGCUCAGCAGCUAUUUGAAUGAGACAUUCAGGAAGGGAAGAGGGCCAGGCAACUCUCUAAGCUAAAGCCUUAGUCCUGAGUUAGAGCUUUGCUGCCCAAGUGUGUGUGUGUGUGUGUGUGUGUGUGUGUGUGUGUGCGUGCGCACGCGCGCAGCACGCAUCUGUCCUCAUGUACAUGUGUUGGUCUAAGUGAUUCCCUCAGGAGGAAGGCUGGGGUUCAUUUUGAAUGAGUAUUUUGUACUUUAAUGAAUGUGGACUUUGGUGAACUCUCCAGAGCGAGUCAGGCCGUAGCCAUGUCCUUUUCCCAGCAGAGCUGGGUUAUCUGACUCAGGGCAGUCUUGGCAGCUCUGGGUACGUAUCUGUGGCCUCCUGUCCCCGAGCAGGGUGUGGGCUUCGGGCCUAGGAUGCUGUUGCCACAUUCCACCCAAAACCUCCUCCCUCGGCCGGGGACCAGCCUCCUUGCCUUGCCUGUUUGCAACCUUGCUUAUGGGGGUGCGGGGGGCAAGAAAUGACCAGUCUGAGAUGCAGUGAGUGGAUGGGGGCCUGGAACUCGCAGGGCUGACCCCCUCCCCACCCGGAAAAAAAUAAGCGAGGGACAGGCAGCAGCCAGCCAGCCACCUGCUGCAUGCCUGCAGGAUCUGCAGUGAGGAAAAUGCUGAGCUCACCGGCAGCUGGGAGGCAGGCCUGGAGUAGGCCUCAGACUCUUGCACAACUGCCUGUGGUCUGAGAAGGCCUUGCUUCCAACCUCAGGGCUCCUCCCUCGGAGACCAUGGGCCACCAGCCAGCGGCAGCUGCAGGAGGAGGGUCAGGAGGCCCAGGCUUAAAUGUCUCUGAGGGCAGAUGGGGGUGGGAAGAGGGAUUCUUUGUACAUAGACCACACAUCUGUGUAAACAGUGUUUUUGAAUAAAGUAUUUUUUUCAUAGA